AUGCGGAAGACUCUUCACAAGAGAGCCGUGACCAGCUGGCAGCCUCGUACAGCAGGCUCAGACCCUCCCAUUGCUCAGGCCUUCAUCACCUGUCUGGGACCAGGCACCCCGCUCCCUGCCCUUCCCGCCUGCCCUCCGCGGCGCGGCGGGGCCGAGGGGGCCGGGCGGGGGGUGCGGGGCCGCUGCCCGCUCCCCACGCGGCCCCAGCCCUCCGAACUGGUUACAGCCAGCGGCCGCCGCGCCGGCUCGCCGGGCUGCAGCCGCCUCCUCCCCCCGCUCCCCUUCCGCCUGCCGGGCCGGCCGCCCCACUCCAGGCCGGGCCGGCUCCCACGGGACCGCAUUCCUCCCCUCACCUCGCGCCGUCGGGAUCCGGCUCCUCGGCGGCGGCGGGAGCGGCAGCAUUCCCGGGACGCUGUCUCCACGCCGGCGCCCCCGGCGGCUUCUCCUCCCCGCGGGGCUCUCUCCGCUCUCCGGCCCGCAGCUCCCGAGCGCUCCCGGCCGCCGCAGCCCCGUCCCGCCUCUCCGCUCUCUCCCCGGCGCUCACUUCCCUCCCCUCCCCCCUCCCUCCCGCCGCCGCGGCUCAGCGCGCGCCCGCCCGGCCAGCUGCGCGUGCGCGGGAAGGAGCCCCUUCCUGCUGUCGCUGGAUUCCCUGGGAAGCCUGGGAGGGCGCGCGCGGCCGGCACCCAGCUGCGCGCGCACGCGCGCCGCCCCGCCUCCCCCCUCCUCCCUGGCCCGUGCGGGGGCGCGCGCGGCGCGCACCCGCUCCUGCCCUGGUGGCCGCGCGGGUAUCGCGGGGAGCCGCGAGUCAGGGGGACCGCGGUUCGAGUCCCGCCUCCGGCAGCGGCGCAGGCCGGGACGCCGCCGCGCCCCAGCGUGAGAGCGGCUCCGAGGUGUGCAGGCGGCCACGGGCUGGAUCCCGGGCCACCGGCACUGUCGGGUGGCGGCCAGCCUAAGCUAGGGCCUACGCUAAGCAUACAGCCAGCAGCGAUGCCUCCAAUGACGGAAAUUGGCGCUUGA